GUUGGAGUGAGAGGGAAGGAUAUUGUUGUUCUUGGGGUGGAGAAGAAAUCUGUGGCGAAACUGCAGGAUGAGAGAACCGUGCGGAAGAUUUGUGCUCUGGAUGACAAUGUCUGCAUGGCCUUUGCAGGGCUGACAGCUGAUGCCAGGAUAGUCAUAAACAGAGCUCGUGUGGAGUGCCAGAGCCACAGGCUCACUGUGGAGGAUCCUGUCACCGUGGAGUACAUCACACGGUACAUUGCCAGCCUGAAACAGAGGUACACACAGAGCAAUGGCCGCAGACCCUUCGGCAUCUCUGCCCUCAUCGUGGGCUUUGACUUUGAUGGAACUCCACGGCUGUACCAGACUGAUCCCUCUGGCACAUACCAUGCUUGGAAGGCUAAUGCCAUUGGCAGAGGAGCCAAAUCUGUGCGUGAGUUCCUGGAGAAGAACUACACUGAUGAGGCCAUUGAAACGGAUGAUCUAACUAUUAAACUUGUCAUCAAGGCUCUUCUCGAGGUGGUGCAGUCUGGUGGGAAGAACAUCGAGCUGGCAGUCAUGCGCCGGGAGCAGCCGCUGAAGAUCCUAAACCCGAAAGAAAUUGAGAAGUAUGUUGCUGAAAUUGAAAAGGAGAAGGAAGAAAAUGAAAAGAAAAAACAGAAGAAAACAUCAUGAUGAAUGAAAUGCUACUGCUUAGCUGCUUGUUUUUAAUUCAAGUGAUGGGUUACUCUGUAUAGACAUGUAGGCAUUCCACAUACUCAUACUGUGCCCUCUCAAGACCUACAAUAAACCUACUGUUUUUUUUUAAAGCUGUUAUUUAAAAAAAAA